AUGGGCUACUUCGCGGACCUCUUCAACCUCUUUGACACCCUUCUUAUUUUGGCCUGUUGUGUGGACCUCUACAUCCUCCGGACCGUCCUGGGAGAGCAGACGCCUCUCCGAGUCUUGCGGAUGUUCAAGCUGGCCGCUCGGUUUGCGGCUCCUGGUCUCAGCAUGCAGGAGUUUUCUGCCCUCUCUGGGCUGGGCGAUGGCGUUGCUGUCCUUGUGUAUGACACUUCGAUGGAGAAGGGCGGGGUGCACGGCCCGCUGAUGGGUGGGGUGACCAUGGGAUUGCUGCUUCAGGACUUCAUCCGUGAUGAGGCGCAGGACUUGCACCUGCGCCAGUGGAUGUGGCUGCGCUAUGGCACCGCCUACCGGGCCACCUAUACCAUGUAUGAGAUAACUUUUGCAGGACCGACUGGGAUCAGCGAGUGGGAUCUUUUAAAGGAUUUAACUGAUUCUUUGAAGGACGUGAAGUGGUCAUGUUGGGUGGUUGUGUUUUUCCCUGUCAUCCGAGUGAUUACCGCGAUAUUCUUGUCGCAAACCUUGGAGGCAGCGAACAAUGACGUGGAUUUGAUGAUGAUCCAAGAACGUAUUCGAAAGAAGUCCAUCUUCGUGGAGCAGCUGGAAGGCAUCUUCCAAGCCAUCGACGAAAGCGGCGAUGGAUUGCUUUCGGAAGACGAGAUGAUUCUGGCCUUCGAGACAGCCGCACGUGCAUUUGGGGAUGUGGGGGUCCAUGCUGCCAUGCUGCCUUUGGUUUAUUCGCUUAGCAAAGACCUCCCGGGCAUGUGGUCAGACAAGUUGCUAGACCGCGAGGCCUACCUGGAAAGCCUGGAGGUGAACUUACCGGAAAGUGAGGCCCUCUUCCGGCUUUUGCAAAAUAGUGCCCUGGCCAUUCCCAUCCCAUCACCCGCUUCUCCAAAGCACUUGGCGUUGCAGUGGAUGCCAGACUUGGUGGUUUUCGUCCACGUCCAAUCAGAGCCGCAACCCCAUGGUCCAAAGAAGGACAGUGUGAUCGAUUUCGUUGCACAGACCGUGUUGUUAUCAGACCGCGAUGGGCAAAUAACAUAUGAUGAUUUUAUUGAAGGAAUUCUGCGUUGCAAAGGGCCGGCCAGGGCCAUGGACCAGAUUGUUUUGCAGGCGGAGGUCAAAGCUUUGGGCGAUAGCUUGCAGAGUCUCAGCCAAGCAUCCUCCGGAGCUGGUGUGGCUGGUUUGGUCGACCAAGCAUGGGGGCAGUGGCAAGUCAAAAAUCAUCCAGGGAACUGUGUGGGUGGUUUUGGUCCUGGUCGGAGUAGCUUGGAUACUCCAUCACUCAUCGGGUUGUUUGUCAAGCACGGCCACCCCCAGCACCCUGGCGAAAAGCUCUGGACCCAAAUGUGA